AUCGGAGCGGUCAAUAGUACGUGUAUCAAUUUACCAAAGUAGUGAACCUAAGCAGAUCUGGCCACCCAAUUUAUUAAUAAGAAACGAUCAAUCAGACGCAACAAAUAACAACUACAGCUGUAUAUUUGAAAACAUUAUGACUGCAGCGUCAACAAUGCCUAAUUUCGAUAGACAGCAAAGCACUGACUCCGGAUGGGACAACCCUUUUCGUCCUGGUGGUGACUUAUCACGAGAGGCAGAUGAAAUUGUUAAUAUGAUAACAGGGGGUAAGCCUAUUACACCAACGGGCGAUCACACAAUAGUAAACGGAAAUGCACAGAGGGAAGAAAUCGGCAAUGGAACACCUUUAACAGAAACUAUAACAAGAUCAAAUGUUAACCAAUCGCAAUCAGCAUAUAAAGAUACAAAUUAUCAUAAUGUACCAGAAACAACAAAAUUAUCUGGAAACAAUGGUGUUACAUCCUUAACUCAAGUCUCAAAACAAGUAGUACCUGGGCCUAUUUUAGCUAGUCAUGUUGUAAUUGACGAAAAGAAGAACGCGGGAAAAGGAUGCUGUAUUAUUCAAUAAGAACUGUUUUAACAAUAUAUGAUUAUUUUUAUUAAUAUAAUAUUUAGUUCAUUGGAGUAUUUUCGCUUACUAAAUUAUUACAU